UGUAUAAGUAUUUUGACUGACCCCUCGAUUUAUACUUCAGAUUUUUGUAACUUGUAAAAAAGUAGUUCUUCUAAAUUUGCAAACAAGCAAAACAAAAUUGAUACAUCGGGUGCAAUUGGAAAGUUAUGUUUUUAUUUGCUUGAAAUUGCUUCUUGUUUACGCUAUCUUGUUAGUAGUUACCGGCUGGCAAAAUUACUAACUACACUUUCAUGAGUCUUCAGACGAGCAGACUUGCACCUUUCAGGCUUAUAUCAGUGUAUCAUAGUAAUUACACUACGAGUACAUUCAUUCAACUAUGCAUCCGGGCUUAUUAAGUUUUAUGCCGAAUUUGAUAGUUUUCCGCAACUUCAUCAUCGAAGGAAUAUGAUUGCAAGUGGAAAAACUCUUAACACACGUUCGUGAACCUAGCAGGUGUCUGAAACGGAUUGAUAUCGGGCUACAUUCCGUGAGAACUGAGCAUUCAGUUUUCAGUUAAUUAUUAUUUCAGUUAGUUUGAGUUUGGCAGGGUUUCACACUUCCAUCCUGUUUUGUCCUUGUAAAUUCGAAACUGUGCUAAAAUUAUUGGCUGGACAUCUUCGAAAUUGUUCCCUCAUGGUUGGGCAGAUCGGUCGGCUUGGUGUACACCAUCUAUAUUCGUUGGCCAAAUCAUGCAAAUCGAAUUUGCUACAGAAUGUAGCACGUUUUCGAAAAGGUGGUGUUGCCCGUAAUACCAUGGCAAGGAGUCUGUCCACUUCAACCCGAUUACGUAGUGGCGAAUCCGACCGCCAUGAAUUUGAUGACAACAAGAAUCUGCGGAUUGUUUGGGUCGAUUUGGAAAUGUCCGGAUUGGAUCCAGAUGCACAUACCAUUUUGGAGAUGGCUUGUGUGGUUACAGACAACGAUUUGAAUAUCGUAGCAGAAGCUCCAGAAAUUAUAAUUCAUCAUCCCCUGUCCGUUCGUGAAAAAGCCUCGGAGUGGUGUGAAAAUGAGUUUGCCAAGUACUUCGAAUUGUCUUUUUCUGGAAAGCUCGGGAUUAUGGGAAGAAGUAGAAAAAGCGAAACGUCGCUGCACGAUGCGGAACAGAUUAUGUCCGAUUUCUUGAAGCAAAAUGUUACGCCAAAAAAGAGCCCAUUGGCCGGAAACAGUAUUUAUAUGGAUCGCAUAUUUCUUAGGAAGCAUAUGCCGGUUUUUGAGGAUUAUUUGCAUUACCGCAUCAUUGACGUCUCAACAGUAAAGGAGUUGAGCAAAAGGUGGUACCCUGAGAAUCACUAUAAGCAGCCGAAAAAGGUUCUAGCACACCGCGCAUUGUCGGAUGUUAAGGAAUCAAUAGAAGAAAUGAGAUGGUAUCGUGCAAACGUUUUCCGGCCACAAUGAGCUCUGAGAUCAGCUGGGAAUGGUAUUUCAGGUGACCAAAGUCAGAGCGGGGCGUCGAUAUCCUAUGGUCUUUCCUGAUUUGAGUUUGUAUAGUAAUUCGUUUCAACGCACACAAGACAAUGCGAGGCAUUGACAACUUUGGUUGCUGACGGCGAGACAUGUCUUUUAGGGCUUGUUUACAAAUUUUACGAUUCUGAAAAAUGACUUUACGUUUUAUGCUACGCGGAAACGAAUGAAAAAUUUUUGCUUAUUAUCGAUAUGUUUCGAACCUUGUUGGAUACCCUUAAACAGAGACAGAAUUCACCAGUUCGAAAGUUUUUUCCACAUUAUUAAUUAUAAUAUCUCUCAUUUCCGUUUUUUUACACCUCAUUUUUUAAUGCUUACAAGUUCCUUUUUUUGGAAGUAUAACCUUAAAGCCAGCAGCAUCUUCAAAACAGAUUAAAUCAUCAAAUUUGAA